ACAAAAUCCAGGUCUACAUUUCCAUGAGUAAUCUAAAAUAUAUCAUUCAAAAACAUUAGUUUUCAAGACAUUGAAGCUAUACAGAAAUAUUUACUCAUUGUACUGAGUUUAUUUUGACAGGUCUCCCAGGAUGUGCUGUUUAACUAUCUAAAGCUAAAGAAGAGGAAGAAAUCACCAUUUUGACAGGUCUCCCAGGAUGUGCUGUUUUACUAUGUAAAGCUAAAGAAGAGGAAGAAAUCACCAUUUUGACAGGUUUAAUUGAGAACACUUGGAGACUGCUAUGAAUAGAGACAAAGCAUUGAGAAGCCAGUGUCAAGAGAGAUCUCCCUGACUGAAAUCCACACAGGAUUAUAAAGUCACAGGAAAAAGAAAUCUGGUGUCAGUGAUGUAUACAGCAGUAUUACAGAAAUCUGUCACCGUGUCUGGAGUUAGGGAGUGUAAACACAUUACCCGUGUGUCAACAGACCGGGUCUGGAUCAGUGAUGAUAAAGGCAAUCUCAUCUUAACAAACACGAGAGGAGACACACUAGAUAAAGUGACAGGUUUAGCUACAUAUGUUGAUGGAGUACAUACUGUGACUCAAAAUGGUGCUGUGAUUUAUAUAGACAGUGACCGUAACAUCAUAAAACGAUCUAAAGAUAAAGAAAAUACCACACUGAUACCCUACACAUCACCAUGGAUACCACGGAGUGUCUACAGCUCCCCCUCCACUGGAGACCUGCUGGUCGGGAUGUAUAAAACUGAUCCAAGGACAGGCCAGGUAAACCGUUACACUAACACAGGUAAACACAUACAGACCAUACAGCACGACAACACAGGUCAGAGACUGUAUAGUGAUCCUAGAUACAUCACAGAGAACCGCAAUGGAGAUGUUAUUGUGUCUGACUCUGGCCGUUAUGCUGUAGUGGUGACAGACAAUAGAGGGAGACAUCGAUUCUCCUACAGAGGUCCUCCAUCAGGAUCAGAACUACGACCACGUGGAAUCUGUACUGACGCGCUGUCACACAUCCUGGUGUGUGAUCAUAACACCAACACAGUACAUAUCAUUGAUAAAGACGGUAACUAUCUGACAGAGAUUGAUACAGAACAACACGGGAUAGACAGACCAUUCGGCCUGAGUUAUGAUGACAACACCCACUCUGUCUGGGUAGGAUCAGACCUCCACAACACAGUGAACAUCUACAGACUUAUCUAUGGAGGGGAUAAUCUGACUGAUCCAGACAGUGAUGAUAUAAAUAAAGUGGAAGAGUUGAAGAAGUUUCUGAGAAAGGAGAAGACAACUGUUUCCCAUGCCAGAGGAAUACUUGUUGGAUGUGCUGAGGCUGGAAAAACGACACUGCUGAAGAGAUUAAGAGGGCAAAGUCAAAAUGUCAGCAAAGCUACAAAGUCGUCCAGGGGACUAACAACACUGCUGAAGAGAUUAAGAUGGAAACGCCAAGAUGUCAGUGAAGUUACAGAGUCCACCAGGGGACUGGAAGUCCAUCAACAUAUCUUCAUUGUUAGAGAUGGAGUUUUAGAAGUGGCUGAUGAUGACUCACCAUUAAAGGCAUUUAUCAGAAUAAAUGCUACAGAUUUGAAACCAGACCCAAGCAGUAGUGCCGUUGCCAGCUCUGAUGCAAACGAAAAAGAAAAUUUGGAAGUAGGAAGUACUGAUAAAAGUACUGAAGUAGUUUAUAGCCGAGAGGAAAAGAAAGAAGAGAAUGUGGAAAUGUCUAGUUCACCAACGGAGGACACAGAAGAAGAAAACACAGUAGAUGUAAUGGCCAGUCUUAUCUCUUCAGAAGCUCCAGCUAUGGUGAAAUUUGAAAUUUUCCAGAAAAUCUUGUCUGAAAAAGAGAAGUUACCAACAGUAAGCAUGCUGGAUUUUGCUGGCCAGUUAGCGUAUUAUGCCUGUCACCAAAUUUACGUAACACCAAAGGCCUUCUUCAUCCUUGUGUUGGACAUGACUAAGAAGUUUGAGGAUGUGGUGGAUCAAGAGAAAGAUAACCAAGAAGGAUCAAUCUUCUCAGUAUGGACAUACAAAGACUACUUGAAGUUUUGGAUUACCUCAAUCAAGACAUUUGGAGGCAAAAAGGCACCACUGUUUCUUGUUGUCACACACACGGAAACAAAAUCUACAGAUGUAAGUAUUCUUUCUUAA